AAACCAUGUAAAUUAAUGUAAGUAUAAAUUUGUGGGACUUUCUCAAUAAUUUGUUAUGUUCAUGGCGCCGAGGUAUAUUAAUAUCAAAAAUGUUUCUUCUUGCGUCUUAUCCUGCUUUACUUGUAAGGCGUAUAAUAUUUGCGUCUUGUGGUUUUACCCAAUCUACCGCUAAUGCAGCUUAUUGGAAGACACGCAAUUGAUUUCCUGUUUGUUUCUAAUGCUACAUAUACAGUGCGUUUGUGUCGUUUCCCAGCCGCUUUGAACCAGAAUUCUCAUUCAUAGGCAAUAUAUGUCAGUCUAUUUGGCAUGCGAUAUAAUAUUUGACAUAUUGGGAUUGAAUUUGAUGCAAAAACUCUUACUACAGUAUUUAGUAGUCAAAUUGAAACUGCAGAGGCGUUUCAUCAAUGCAUGUUUCGGGCAGAUGUAAUAUAUGCAUGCGUGCAAGGUUUUAUAUCUCUAUCAACGAUCUCAUUCUUAUUAAUUAAGACUCUUUAUAAGACUGAAAACAGUAAUUUUGUAGAGACUUAAAAGUUAAUAUUAGAUUUUUAGGACUAAAUUUUAAAUAUGAAAUUAUACCUUUUUCCACAGCCAUAGUCGUAGAUUAACGAAGCCGGAAGCACUUCCGUCCACACAAGAUACUGUAAAACAUUCGACGCUUGAACUUUGGACAAUCAUUACAAAAAUAUCAGUUUUAAUGCAUUGCAAGAUCCGAACGAUAUAUGUGUGUUUGAAAAUGAUUUAGACUGAAGAUACUGACACUUUAUUUCAUUGAAUUGUUAUAAGGAUUAAGGAGUGGCAUAAUGGCAUUUACUAUUUAUUGUUUCGCUUUUGGCCACUAAUAAUUUUAGUUCAAAUCCAGUUCAAUUGCAUUUUUAUCACAAUAAUUUUUAAGAGAUUUAAAGUUAUAUUUUAGGAAAUUAUAAACAUAAAAUUGAACCUUUUUCUUGUUUCGCAGAUUAACGAAGCCGGAAGCACUUCCGUCCAUACAGGAUUAUUCAACAGUGGUGAGUAUGUCAGUUUGAUGCAUUGCAAGAUCCAAAAAAUAUAGGUGUGUUUGGAAUCAUUUAGAAAGAUAACUGACAGUUUAUUUCAUUGAAUCAUUAUAAUUAAGGAGUGGCAUUUAUUUGUUUCACUGUUGGCCACCCCAUGCAGUUCCAAUUGCAUUUAUAUCAAUCUAGCAGGUUACUCUUUCCUGAACCUGUAAAAGCAAGCUUUGUGAUUGGUGGGUGGGGGAGGGGAGGGGUCUGAGAAGCACUGGCCUCCCAAGUAUGUAGAUUCCCCAAAAAAUUGAAGCAAAUAGCAGGGAAAAUUGGGGAAACUUAUAAAUUAAAUAUGUUAAAGAUAAUUCCCACUCCGUUCUACAUAUCAGUUCUGCUCAUAACAAAGGGGGACCCCAGAUAUAAGGAGUGGACAUCAUCUUUAAAUUUAUGUUAUUUUGUUACAAUCCUUAAAAAUUUGGUCUUUGGGUUACCUCCUCCCAGAAAGGAUUGACCCUGAUACUCUUAUGCUUCAUAUUCAUAGCUUUGUGGUGAAUAAAAUUAAUGUGGGUUCAUGCGAGCCUGCAAAUAUUCAAAUUCUAAAUUUUAUGUGUGGUUCAGGAUACCAUUUCUUCAAUGUUUUUAUUUCAAACGACCCUUCCAAGUCUUGUCCACAGCCAUCCUUAACCCACCAACUUGCAUUGCACCCUAAUGCGCCCUACUUUUCUAUUUUAAUCUGUCUAACGCUACCCUGGUUCCAGAGGUUUAUUUUUCCUCUCCCCUUCGCAAUGAAAAUAAUAAAAAUAAACCUCUGGAACCAGGGUAGUCUAACGCUUAAUGUGGUUUACAUGUAGUUUGAAUAAAACUAUUCAUGUAGAUACAGUUUGAACAGCUGUGUUAGCUAACUCACUUGUAUUAAAAAAAUAUUACAUAUUCACAUGUAUAUAAGAUACAUAUAUAUAUCCACACAUAUAUUUUAGGGGAUAUUAACACAUAUCCCCUAAAAUGGGGUUGAGGCUAGUUGCAGUGGUAGGGUGUGGGGUGCACUGAGGUGUGACAAAACAACGCAGUUAUAAUAAUUUGCACUCAAUAGCUCACAUACGUGUGACAGCUGGAGUAAUACCUGACCAGGAAACUGUUGAAGCCAUUAUUGACUGGCACCUUUGUGUGCUGAAUGUCUAAUACCUUCGAUCAGGGUGGAAUAAUGAUACAAUAAGGAUAACAGUAUACUGCCCACUGCGCAUAAACUGUCACAGAAUUGAUCAUUACUCUUGGAGUGCCUGUUACUAAGGGGUUGAUGUUGAUCAAAUCCUGAUUUGAAGGUGGAAACUGGUUUGUUCAUUGUUGAAUUGUUUCAAUGGGGAAUUAGGCUUGCAACGCAAGCUAAAUGUUGAUGGUGCAGCAGGGUCUGAGACAGGAAUGAUUGCCCAAGUUCAUCUAGUCGAAAUUGGAUUUGUUGCUGCAAUGAUGAUCUGGAAGUGUUAGCAUGUAUGGAUUGAGUCUGGUGGUGUGUUAGGGAAAAUCCAUCUGUUAUUCGGAAGCAUUGUGUUAUAUGUGUGGGGCAUGUACCACCUGGAAUUUGUGGUGUAUAGUUCUUUUGUUAAGGUAGCACUGUCUAAGAGGAAGGGUUUGUGAACUACACAAAUUAUCAGAUUAUUGUAUCCAGUAGUACGAAGGAUCUGAUUUUGUCGAGGGGAGUUACAGUAGCUACGGCUAAGCCGCUAAGGUUUCACCGUCUAACAGUGCAUAGCUUGCUCAGCUCACUCAAGUGCUUCCUACCACAGUUAUCUGUCAACCGGUGUUUCAGCAGAGGGGUUCAGUGGAUGAGAAUGGGAAAAUUGUUUCUGGAAUAGUCUUUGUUAAAUUUAGUUUAGGACCAUGCUGUAGUUGAGCUCUACAUGUACCAUAUCCCAUGUUUUAAUAGGUUUUCAGGUUUUAAUAGUUACUGGAAUGGUAGAAUGCCGUUCUGUUGUUGCUGCAAAGGCAUACAAACCUGAAUAUUAAUUGGGGUAGAUUGGGAGGUUGCAUAUAGUAAAAAUCUGCGUAAAAGAACCAGUGGUUGAAGAAUCACGAGCUUGAAAUUCAGCAGUACGUUUCUAUACGAUAUUGUUGAAGUGGAAAACGGCCUUUACAGGAAUACAGGACACGGACUGUAAAUUAUAAAUAAGGUUUUUGACACCUGAAAAAGCUAUACUUAGGUUUAAACACAGUGAUCAAUUCAUACCUCAGUACUCUGAUCAAUAUUUAUAUAAUGACUAUGACUGGCGUGUAACUAGGACAAAAGACGGGUAAUUGUGUUCGAAAGGCCCUCUGCUGAAAGGCCCUCUCCUCUCUAAUUGGAGCCGUGGGUGUAUUAAAUUUUCAUGGGAUUCAAAUGGGUCUUCUAGAAGAGUUGGAAUUGCAAGGAUGAGUGAUGGGUGCUUGGCCGUGAGUUGUAGUAUGAGUGCAUGGUCUCCACUAGCCUGAAAACAGACCUACGUUUCGCCCGCCCUAAAAGGCUAGGUUUCCACUAGUAUUGCCACAUGGGGGCAACUAUAGUAGUAGUUCGCAUUAUAUUCAACAAGGUUUUGGGAUGGAACUGUUUGAUGGGAACGCCGUACCCUUUCUAGUUGGUUAGCAAAGAGAUUAUCUAUUAUCUCUGUCCAUGAGAAAGGUUGUUGUAUUAUUUGUGGUUGUAUUUUCCAGUCCCUCAAGUUAACUCUCUGUCCGUCUGAACGUUGGGGGACAACCGGGUGGUAUUCUGCAGAUAUCAAAAUGUUGUGUUGAAGACAGUUCUACAGUUUGGGUGUUGACGCGAGACCAGACAAACGAGUACGCUCUUACUUGUUUUUAAAGGCCACCGCUAUGCGUUGUUUUAUCGAGACGAUGUUUCAAGAAAAUUUGUUCGGCUAUUAGACCUUUCUUAUAAGUAUGGCGUCAGCAUGCAUAAUUUUUUUGUGACGUCAAACGCGGAUAAACGCUUCGGCUUCGGCUUCGACGGUACGUUUUCGCUAAUUUUAUUUAUUUAACUCAGUUAUAGUAGCCUAGGUAAGACGUGAUGUGUUCAAUGCAUAUUGAUAGUAUUUAGUAUAUAUUCCCCUCUCGAACGUUGUCAAUGCGACUGGAAAACAAAGCAGUAUUUGGCUAUAUACGGAUACGAAGACGAGAGAGAUUGUCUCACUAUUUUACCUCCGAUUUUAAGUCUAUGCUUUACGUAUUUCUAAACUAUUUUUUGUGUUUUAUCAAAAUUCAACAGUCAAAUGAUACAUCCUUCAUAAGACGUACCCGACUGCAAAUUAUCUGGAAAUUGUUAUAAUUCGGCCUUUAAGAAGAAAAUAUCCUUCAUGAACUUCAUAUUGUGACUGGUUCAUUUUCUUUUCCAAUGGCACUUCAGCUUUGAAGAUGAACACGGGUAUAAUGUUGUGAUAUUUCAAAUCUAUUCAAAUCUUGACACCUUGCUUGGCUACAUGUAAACUACUGCUUAACUUUUAAGUUCUCAUUACUGUAAAUGUCAUUAGUAUAUAGCAAGUCCUAAAGUGAAUAUAACAAAUCCUAAAGUUGAUUGGUCAAAUUUGACGUAUUAAGCUUGCUGUAACUAUAUCCCAGGCUUGCCCAAUUUUAGGGACCGCCUGCCAUGCAGGCUACUAUAUGCACGGACUUAAAAUCGAAAAUAAAAUAGUGAGACAAACUCUCGUCUUCGUAUGCGCAGUCAUUAGUGCUUUGUUUUUCAGUCGUAUUUACAACGUUUGAGAGGGAAAUGUAUACAAAAUUCUAUCAACAUGCAUUGAAAACAUCACGUCCCAUCUACCAACUGAUUUAAAGGUGAUGUAAAGUUCGUUCUGCGCAUACGUUAUGCGCAGACCUACAUUCCAAUGGUCGGGACCCGACCAUUGGAAUGUUGUUAAUAUUUCGCACCUUCUUGAAUUGAAUCUCUAGAAAAUCGAACCCGUAUAGUGUUUAUCACACUUGUUUGACGUCACAAAAUAAUUUAUGCAUGAUGACGCCAUACUAAUAAGAAAGGUUUAUUGUAAGACAUUUAUGAGGAGAAGGCUUUCUUUGAUGUUGCAAACGGCUGUUGGUUGACAGAUUCUUCAUGCUGCCCCUCAUGCACCCCAUUUUGGAGGCGUCUGAGGUGAUUGUCAGUUCACAAAUUACAUAUAGAGCCUGACACAAGUCUUGAUGGCGGUAUUGCCUUGCGACAAUUUAUCGACACCCGCGGUGUGGAGGCCCUUGCUUGCGAGGUUGCUUGGCCUUAAGUCAUAGGAGAAGUUAGAGGGUGAAUAACAUGUGAAAUUAUUCAUUCCUCUUUAUGUUUUAACCGAAACUUUUGAGAAAAACAACCUUAAGUUUGUUAUUAUAUGUUUUGGCGACUUAGACCACAGGCGGCCCAAUCUCGCAAGGGUCAGUAUAGACUUAUAGUAUAAAUGUAUAUUAUAGUAAUGUAUAUUAUAGUAAAAACAUGUCAUAAAAUAUAAAUUUUAAAAUGAAAUUGACUUGCCUAUUUGAUAGUGUGUGUUCUCCUUUUAUUCCUCCUUUGUUGGACUAAUAUUUUCCGAGACUUUAUACUCGAUGUUACUAGUAUACAUGAUACAUGAUACAUGAUAAAGGCUAACGAUUUCUGAUCGUCGAUACGACGGCACGGCACUUCGAAUCGAAAAUUCUCACACUCAAAUCGCUUUAUUCUCAAAAAAAAUUCGCCAGCAUGUAGAACAGAUGCCGUUCUUCGAAAAUACGGAGAUACUUCGGCGAGAUGUACAUGUUUUGGACCAUAUUUUAACAAUGGAAAUCAAAACCAUUUUAUAUUGAACUUGCCCAGGCCGAAAAUUACUACGGCGAACGCCUGCGCAACCAGGCCUCCUUUACCGUUGGGAUUUACAGGGGGGGGAGCAGAUAUUUCCGGUAACAGCCAGCCAAUCGCAACCGUGAUAGCGACUGUUUACAUUAUUUGAACAUUGAUAUUCAAAAUAAAAACUCCUUCGAUCAGAUACUGUAUAAAACUCGAGAUGUUGUCGAAGAAAAGAAAACUAAACGACGGAGAUUGUAGGAAUUUAUGGAAGAAAAAAUAUACAGCGCCUCUUUGUUGGAAAGCAUGGUAGAAUUUUAUUUGUUUUUAAUUUUUUAUGCACAAUAUGAUCGAAAUAUGAUCGUUAAUAUAUUAAUAUAUUAGUGUCAUCCUCCCCCCCCCCUGUAAAUCCCAACGGUAAAGGAGGCCUGGUUGCGCAGGCGUUCGCCGUAGUAAUUUUCGGCCUGGGCAAGUUCAAUAUAAAAUGGGUUUUGAUUUCCAUUGUUAAAAUAUGGUCCAAAACAUGUACAUCUCGCCGAAGUACCUCCGUAUUUUCGAAGAACGGCAUCUGUUCUACAUGCUGGCGAAUUUUUUUGGAGAAUAAAGCGAUCUGAGUGUGAGAAUUUUCGAUUGGAAGUGCCGUGCCGUCGUAUCGACGAUCGGAAAUCGUUAGCCUUUAUCAUGUUUCAUGUAUACUAGUAACAUCGAGUACAAAGUCUCGAAAAAUAUUAGUCCAACAAAGGAGGAAUAAAUGGAGAACACACACUAUCAAAUAGGCAAGUCAAUUUCAUUUUAAAAUUUAUAUUUUAUGACAUAUUUUUACAGUUUACUAUAGUAUACAUUACUAUAAAUAUACAUUUAUACUAUAAGUCUAUACUGACCCUUGCGAGAUUGGGCCGCUUGUGCUUAGACAUGGAUCUUUAUUUUUAUAUUUAAGUUUGAUUUUUGUUUCCUAAGUGUAGUACAAACCGUAAGCAUUCCUGGUAAAGAGCGUCCUGCGAAACAUUCAUUUCCGGAUUCAAAACGAGAGAUGGAUGAGCCAGCUAAAGAUAAAACGUCAGAAGCUUUAACGACACCUACAGAUGAAAUCACAGAUAAAAACUCAAUUCUUAGAAUUGCAUUACUAAAUUCCUGCGUUGAUCUGAACUUAAAACCUAAUGUAAAGUUUACAUUAACGAAAGCACGGACAGUCGAUAACCAUACGCUAACCGACGAAGAAUUAACGUCCCCUGAUCAAAUACCUGAUUAUAUUUUAAAAACAUUAAUGAUAGUUAAUUACCAUGCACGAGAAUUUGAAUUAAAACCAUUAACCUCAGAUAAAGAUAGAAAUAAAAGUAAGAAUAGUUAUGAUUCUGAUGAAAGCGAGGAUGAAGAUAAAACUAAAGAUAGUGAUUCGGAUGAAAGCGAUGAUGGAGAUGUUGUAGGAAUAAAUCCGAUGGAUGGGUUACUAUGGAUUUUUCACUGCGCCGAUACAUUUUUACGACGAGCUUUUGCCAUAAAAUUGUCUGCAUGUCAACUUAGUGUUCCGUUUCUUUUGCCAGACCCUGCAGCUUCUACAAACGUCACAAUUUUGCUCUCGGCUUUAGAAAGCAUUACCAAAUCUUGGAAAGGUGCGUCCAAUGACAACGAGAGCGCACAGGAAGUGUUUGCAACGGAAUAUCCAUUUCCAGUGGUUUCUUUUAUUCGCAUUGGCAAAAUCACCAUGUCGAAAUCAUCCUUGAUAAACAAAAUUAUGAGUGAUGCUAACGGUGACCAUGACUUCUUUUUCCACAAAAAUAUCCAAGGUGGGGACGUCAAAAGAAAAGUCGUCGAUGGAUUGGUUGAAUUGAGUUGGUAUCUUCCGGGAGGGAGUGAAAAACAAACAUUACGAAAUGAAAUUUGUUUUGCAAAUCUACGAGGAGAAGCUAAAAUGUUCAAGAAGCAGCUAGAUGUUCUCUUAAAGAUCUCAUCCGUAUUAUGUAUAUUACUACCAUCGGAAUAUCCGGAUGAAACCAUCACGACAAUUUUGAAAGAGGCAACGCAUAGUAAAGCUAAAGUCAUUCUUAUUUUCAAUGAAAAAAGACAAGCAGAUACAAAGGAAUAUUUUAACGAUUUAAGAAGUAAACACCGUGGAAAAUUGUCUUUGAUAACGCAUGGUAACAAACCCAACGAAUAUAGUUUUCUUCAGAGUAUACGAGAAAAUAUUCAGAAGAAUAUACAUGAAGUGAAGGCAACACCUCUAGUGGAGCUUGCAUCUUGUGCGAAUGAAUAUGGCAUUCGCCUUGACGAUGAUCAAUGGCAUUUCAGAUUGGGAAAGAGCGUAGACACUUGGCUACAAUUGGGGGUAAAAGAAGCAAAAAACCUUCUAAAAUUACAAAUACACGUCCCAGUGUUGGCAGAUUUAGAACGUGAAAAAUACUGUCCAAAACGUGAGGGUAACAAAUCUAAAAGCGACCGUUUUAAACGAGAUGCCGACGAAAUAUAUAAAAAUAUUGAAGCAGAAAAGGAGGCUCAAAAAGAAUCCUUUGCGCAACUGGACGAAAGAAUUCUUCAGUAUCUUAAUUUUAUUGCAGUGAUGGAUGAAACUGGACGAAAUUGCGCUUUGAGUAAGAUGAAGCAUCAGUUAGAUAGGAUGUCUCUGCAGAUCAUGGCAAAAUUGCAUCAAGAAUAUCGUGUUGCUUCGCUUAAACUUCAGAAGAAAAAAAAGGAAACGCGCCGUAAGUCAGACAUACGAUCAUCAGAAGAGGAACAUUUAAAACAGUUGGAAGAAUCAAUCUCAAAAUGCUCGUUUGGUUUAGAACACAUUAUCAGAGAACUUGCGCAGCUAUACCAACUUCCGGAUAUCAGUACAAUCGACUAUGCAGGUGCUGCAGCAGAAAUGCUGCUUUCAGGGCUGCCCCUCGAGCUAGUAGAUGGCGAUUCAUCCUACAUUCCACUGCGAUGGUUUAAUGCCGUAUAUCGUAAAUUAGAGCGGAAAACAAACAACGCCAAAAUAUUUGUAAUAUCUGUUUUAGGAGUUCAAAGUUCAGGUAAGUCGACAAUGUUAAACACAAUGUUUGGUCUGGAAUUUCCAGUAAGUGCAGGUAGGUGUACUCGCGGCGCUUUUGCUAGUCUUAUUCCUGUUUCUGAUUCCCUUAAGUCUGCGUCAAAUUUUGAUUAUAUUUUGAUAAUUGAUACUGAAGGUCUUAGAGGAUCCGCAGAUUCUCAGUUGCGAGAGCAUGAUAAUGAGUUGGCAACUUUUGCAAUUGGGGUGGCUGAUGUAACCAUAGUGAAUAUCUUUGGUGAAAAUCACAAUGAAAUGAAAGAAUUUUUGGAAAUAGCUGUACAUGCGUUUUUGAAAAUGAAGCUUGUUAAAGAGAAAAAGACCUGCAAAAUUGUUCACCAAAAUGUUGCUGCUACCGAUGCGACAGACAAAUUAAUCGUCGCACGUUGUAACCUCAAGCAAGAUCUCGAUAAAAUGGCCAGGGUUGCUGCUACUCAAGAAAAUUGUGAAGACCAAUUUCAAAAAUUAAAUGACAUCAUUUCAUUUGAUGAAAACGAAGAUGUGUUUUACAUACCAAGUCUUCUAAAAGGCAGUCCACCAAUGGCACCAGUCAACCCUAAUUAUGGAAGAGCUGUUCAAAAAAUAAAAGAAAACAUCAUUACCUUAAUGUGUUCAAAACAUAGAUUUCGACUUUCUGUUUCUCAGUUUCGAGAGAGAGUUGCCGAUCUCUGGGAAGCCAUGCUCAAGGAAAAUUUCAUAUUCAGUUUCCGUAAUACUAUCGAAGUCAGAGCCUAUACGUCUUUAGACCGAAAAUAUUUCGAGGAAUCCGUUAAUUUGAUUGUGAUAGGUAUGGCAGAGCUGGAAAGAAAAAUUCAAGUGACCCUGAGCAGAUGCACAACACGAGGUGAACGCGUGGAAAAAUGGACAGUGAGUAAAAGACAGAUACGUGAAGAAGCAGAAAAACUAAGGGAAAAAAUGGAGAUUGAAAUGAAAGUUUUCUUUGAAACAAGUGAAGAUAAGGCAACCCUUGAACAAUGGAAAGAAAAUGUGAUGAACAGAAUUGAACAAUUCAAGGAAAAUCAGUUGAUGGCCGUCACCAAAAAUUGUUUAGCAGCAUUUAAUUACUGGCAGAAUCGACAAGAUGUUGAAGAGAAGAAACAAACCUAUGAAAAGGAGCUUCUUCAAAAAGCUAAAAUGUUUAUAACUUCAGCUCAUUAUACUGAUGAUGUGGAGAAAUGUAAAGCGGCGUUCCAACAAGAAUGGCAGCAAUGGAUUGUAUACGUUCCACAAUGUCAGGAAAGUAAAAUAGAUGUGAACAGCGAAAUGGUCGAUGUUCUUUGCGACAACACAAACCGGGUUCUAAAUGCGGACAUGACAGAGAAAUUAAAGCACAGAGACUAUUCCAUAUUAAACUUCAAGGAAAUUGCUCCAGUGAUUGAUCUUGAUCAACUUUCCAUUGGCUAUUUUAGUAAGGUUUUCAAUUUCCUUGCACAUCAACAACAACAAGUUCUCGUGUCAGCUGAAAUAAUCAAAGACCAAGCAGUUGCUACGGCACUUGAUUUUGCGAAAAUGACAUCAAAGUCAGGAGUUAGGUGUACACGCAAUGACCUCACACAAAUGUACCACAGGGUUAUUACUACCAUAGACAAAGAAACAGAGAAAUUUCGAUUUAAAUUUAGAAGAUGCUUGAAAUGCGACAUCUUGCUCUAUAGUUUUGCCAACGCUUAUGUUAUUUUUGAUGAAAUGGAAGAACGCUAUAUCGGAGAACGAGACAUUAGAGGUGAACUGGAAAGAAACCUGCGACCAAGGUUAGAAACAUAUUUUUUAAAUAUUUGCAGUGAAAUGGAAAAAGAGGUGUUGGCUGCUACUUCAGUCGUUGAUGUACUUCAAAAGCCAAUGGAAUCAGAGCUGAGCCGGACAAUGGGCCCUGCAGUGACAGGCGAACUAUUGACAAUUAGCAGGUACCAAAGUAAGGGUCCAUUUCAUGCUAGUGUCCUCAUUCAACUUGGAGAAGAAGGUAAGUUUGAGUCGUACAUUCCUUAUCUUAAAAAUCCAGUUAAAUUCCUGAGAGAAAAAUUGAUGGAAUCGAUUGAAAACUAUUGUGUAAAGGAAGAACCUGUUUCUAUCACCUUACUUCUCGAAAAGGAAACAAAAAAGAUAAAAGACAAAGUGUUCGCUGCUAUUUCAACAGCCAAUAAGCAAACAAAAACUGGAAGCAAGAAACUGACUUUUUGGAUUCAGCGAUUUGUGGAAAACUGUUCCACACUCGAAAUCACGAAAGAAAUGUUUGCAGUAGCUGCAAUUGAUGAUGAUCUGAAAGAAGUCGAUGUGUUCGAGGCUAAAGUUCGUGGAAAUGUGACACAAUUUUUAGACUCAUUGAUCAAGCUUGGGGUGGAUCGCGCUACUUUUCAAAAAUGGAAUCCAUCGCCGCAUGACCAUUUGUUUACAUCGAUGUUUGGUUGUCAAAGAUAUUGCCCAUUCUGCAUGGGUUUGUGUGAUCAAACCGUUCAAACUCAUGUAUGUAGUCACUCCACAAGAAUACAUCGUCCACAAGGUUUAGCUGGUUACAGAUACGUAAAAACAGGAAUAUUACAUAUCUCAAUUUGCACAACCGAUGUCGCUGGUGGGGGUACGUUCCGAAACUUGGAUACGUCUGGAGAACCGCAUUCGUACAAAGAUUACCAGUCGGUCAAUGAUUAUUAUAAAUCCUGGGCAAUACCUCCAGAUCCAUCAUUCGAAGGGUCCACCUACUGGCAGUGGUUCAUGGCCAACUUCGCGAAGGAGUUGGCAGAACACCAUGAAGCUAAACAGCCAAAAAUCCCUUCAGCGUGGAAGCGCCGCACAUUCGAAGAGGUAAAAGACCAACUUCGACAGGAAUACAACAUGUAAAUGAAUAUUAUACAUUAUACUAAGUUCAGUAAAUAUCAAUACUUUCCUUUCAGUGUGUGUAUGGUGGUGGUGGUGGUGGUGAUUUUAUUGUCAAAUAGGUUGUCAUGCAGACGUCGUGACCAAUGUAUUUGCAUAUUUAGAGUUUGAGAGUAGAUUACCUUCCAAAACUAUAAGAUUAGACAGGAUAGAGCAGUUACAAGACGAUCUGUUGUAAUUUAAGCUGACUUGUUGAGUUAUAGUCGCAUUUAUCGAAGGUAUUCCUGCAGGUCAGUUUGGUCAUAGCUUAUCGAAGGGAAGAUGACUGUGAAACUUAUUAGAAUAACAAUGUAACUCAUUAUCUAUGUUAGCCAACGUUUAUUCAUAAAUACGGUCCUUCACCGCUACGUGUGUAUCGUAUAUUUUUUUGCCAAAUCCACCAAUAGCAAUUUCCAAUUUACCACUGAUAUUGUUCGAGUCACGGAUAGGUAACUUUCCUAAAACAUUGCUAUAUUAGUUAAGGCCCUGUCACACUAUUGCGUAUCGGAGAGAAAGUAUGAGAAGCGUAUGAAAAUUAAUGAAAUAAUUUUCAUACGCACAAAAGUCCUUUGAAAUACUAUGGCGUAUGAGUACCGUUACAUCUGGCGUACCUCUAGCGUAUUCAGCGUGUGCCUAGAGUAUGCUUAUCGUAUAAACCAUACGUCCGAAUACGCACAAAAUUUUUAAGCAUGCUUAAAAAAGGUUCUGCCUCGCCGUACGUCAGCAUAUGUCCUGUCACCGUACGCGACCGUGCUUGAAACGUGUACAACCUAUGCCUAACGUACCCCUUGCGUUUCUCAGCGUUUUCCAGCGUAUAUGAGUGAUAUUCAGCUGGCAUGCGCUAAUACGAUACGCAAUAGUGUGACAGGACCUUAAGUUGGGCAAAAAUACAAUACGCACGUGACGGUGAAUGACCAGAUUUAUGAAUAAACGUUGCCUGACAUAUAGAUAAUGAAUUAUAUUGUUAUUCUAACGAGUUUCAAAGCCUUUUUCCCUUCGACAGGCUAUAGUCUGGUCAUAUGUAUUUUUUGGCUCAAAAUUACCAUAAUUGAAAAACCUUCAAUGGUAACUUAUAACUGAGCUGAACUGCAACAAGUGUUAAUCAGCAAUAUUUGAUAUAUUUUUAAUGUAUUUACCAAAAUUCAUAAAACCAUUCAAAAAUAAUCUCGUAUAAUACGACCUAAAUUAUAGGUAAUUAAAAACAACCAAUUGAUAUAUAGAGUUAAACGUGUAGUUAAAACUGGCAAUAAGUCAAUGGAUCACUGAAAUUUACUGAACUAAAGAUUUUAUGUUUAUAAACGUUUGCCUUGAGUAAUAUAUACUUAACUGUCUAACUGCAUGAUGUAACUGCGUGCACUAAUAUUAUUAAUUCAAUCUGUCAUAUAGCGUAAUUAUACAGUUAUUACAUUCUAGAUCAUAUAGUCCACCAAUAUAGCAUUAAAUCCAUGCCACUAUAUUUAUGAAUUUAUUAUGGUUCAUUUAUAUCAUUUAUAUCAUAGUGAUAGUGAUAGUAAUAGCCAUAGACGCCUGAAACUUUUUGGUAUCAUUAUAAUGAAUUCGAAUAAUAAAAUCGGUGGUCUGGUGAUAUAUGUUGAAAGACAUAUACUACGUUUGGCGAUACGUUGAAAGACAUACUGCAUUUCCAUUUGAGGGCAACAAGUUUAUCAGUUUGUACUGUUGUGUUUUACCUUCGCGCGUUAAUUAAAGUUUUUAUAUGUUAUGUUAUGUCAUUACAAAGUAUGGCAAUUUUGAUUGUUUAUCACCAAAUUAAUCAACUGUUGGGUUUGCCGUCACAUUUCUUUACCCAAAUUAUUACCGACUUACUGUAAAAAAAAUUAAAAAAAAAAAAAAUUCCAACAAAACUGCCAGGUCAUGAACAAGCUAAAUUUUCAGCUUCUGUUAAACAUUCUUUUCUCAUUUGUCGUAUUUUACAACAUUUUACGAAACUCUUGCUGUGAUCAGUAAAAUCGUGGAAAUGAAGAUACUCUGAGAGGAAGAAGACACACUGUUCGUCUAACCAAAAACACGUCCUUAAUUGUUAAGUGUAAUGCUUCAAUCGAGUCAGAUGAUUGUUUGUGAACAACGUAGUACCACGGAUCGCUGAAGAUCGGUGCCAUGCACAGUGAUAAAUUCCGAUUUAAGACCAUAAAAUUUAAGAAACGGACGAUUGGAAAAGAAUGCAUUGCAUAUUUUAUAUACGUACAUAUAUUUAUCGUUUUGUGAUAAAAUGUGUCAAGCUACUUCCAAUUAAUGCUAUAUCUAAAGAUAAACAAGCACUAGCAUUUGAACAGUAUAAUGGCAAUCGUGGACUGAAAUUGUAUUUUGAAACGUUUUCAAAACAUCUGAUGUGUUUGGAAGAUUACCAUGUACGGUAUAAACUGUGAAAGAACAUCUGCAGCAUGCAUCAUUAUUAUUUGAUGAGAUAUGAAUCCAUGUUACAACGGACUAUGCCAUAUCAGCAUCCAUAUUAUUGUCUAUAUGGUUCUUUUGCGUACGUUAUGCUGGGCAUUAAUCUUUAUACUACGAUUACGAUUCCCGCCUGGUUCAUCACUUGCAAGUAUAUCAGCAUCCGAAAGAGUAACCGAAAACUGAUGAUCAACAGGAAGUAAUGGAAUAAACUGCAGAUUUCUGACAUUUGAAUUUCAAACAGUCACAACGAGAUGCUAGAAUCUGGAAAAAAAUUACAAGAAAGUAAAGUUCGCGAUACAGGCAAUCUAAAGUCGUCUAUAAGGCACUGCAUGUGGACCUAUGAAGAAUGUAGUUUCGAUGUCUAGAAUGGUUGCAAAUUUGACAAUGUCUCCAAAAUAUUGGUAUGUGGAAAAAUAUGCAGUUCCCUCGACUAUUGCUGCCAGGCUAUAUUAACAACGAACUUAUCGAGUGUCGUUUGUUGUUUUGAAAGUAAAACACAAAACAAAAAGAUGACAAUUAUUAACAAAAAUACAGAACACGAAAUCAAGUGUUGUAGAGUGUUUUGGAAAAAAUUACUUAAAACCGAGAAUGCAUAUUGUCAAUGAAAAUCGGUCCUUCUUUCCUUCAAUUCUUAUACUUUUCAUCGCUUGGAAGUUUUGGCUGGCAAAGUCUAAACAUAUAUACACGUUCUGUUUAUAAGUCGAUUUGAGCAAAUUGAUGCCCAAGUUUCCGAGGCUGCCCAAAAUAAAAUAAUUUUACACUAGGAAUGUGAUGGCAAAUGUCAAUAAAAUGUAUUGACAAUUUCAUUAUUUAUCCGCGACAUUCAUCAAAUUAAUCGCUGCAAAAGAUAAAACCUGGUGUUUUAAAGUAAAUAAAAUUAAAAGAAAAUAAUUAAAGAAAAAAUGCAGUAAAAUAUUUCAACAUAUAGCAAGACACCACUGUUUUAUUUUCAACCAUUAUAAUUGGUCAUAUAUAUGUAUUCAUUUUGUCACCAAAUAUUAACUAUUUUUUAAUUGUAAUUAUUUGAGUAAACAAAUUAAAAUGAAGAAUUAUAAUUACUGUACGUUGUUAACGUGUUUCAUAUAGGUACUGGCCAUGAUGAAAAGACGGAUUGGAGUCUAUCUUUUGUAUCUAAGGAACGGACCAUUUGAUUUUUGAUGGGGAGGGGGAGGGGUAAAUUUUCAGUUCGCUCGAUAAUUUUUUUCCGCCUCCUUACACUGUUCGAUUUUUUUUUGUCAGUCAAAGGACUGGCACGAUAUUUUUUGCAUGCAUGUAUAUACAUUUUUUAGUUUUUUGUUUUUACAUUUUUUGUAUAAAAUAGGUAAUUGGACAAGUGUCGGUGUAAGACAUUGUGUAGCCUAAAUAACGAGAGGACCAAUAUUCCAAAAAUAGUCGUUCUUU